GUCAGCUUGACACACACACACACACACACACACACAUAUGCACGUCGAAAAUCAUACAAAAGUACUCAAAAAUAUAAAUAUGUGUCAUAACCGAGCCUGAAAUCACCCCUGGAAAUCACCUAAAAAGCUAUUAAGGUAACAGACGAAGGACCCAGACUUUGCAAGAGUUGACCCAUAAUUCUGAGGGCCUCGAUGGAGGCGGCACAUUGGUCGCCUGGUCUCAGAUCCACUGGUUGUGCAGCACUCCGGUCAUCGGCAGCAGGUGAAAGACUCGUCCACAGACAGAUCUGCCCACGCUGGAUAUUGUUGUUUCUUCUCUUAGCUGCGUGAAUCUUGACGAAAGGUGGGGAAGUGGUGACUUUAACCAUCCAACAACAUGGACCAGGAGGAUGACAAAAACUCUGUUGAUAUCCAUGACAACCCUCCAGCUCCUGAAAACGUAGUGAGAGAGGAAGGAGACACUGUCUAUUUCAUAUAUGACGAGGAGGUCGAGGUGGAGGAGAAGGAACCAGAACCUCCUCCUCCUAUAGUCCGAAUCAACGACAAACCCCACAAGUUCAAGGACCACUAUUGCAAAAAACCCAAGUUCUGUGAUGUCUGCGCUCGCAUGAUAGUCUUGAACAACAAGUUUGCUCUGCGGUGUAAAAACUGCAAGACCAACAUUCACCACUCAUGUCAGUCCUAUGUUGAAUUCCAGAAGUGCUUUGGCAAAAUUCCACCUGGCUUCAGAAGGGCCUACAGCUCCCCGCUGUACACCAGUGACAUACCAGACCCAAACAAUCCGAACCGGAACGACCCCGUCUUUGACACCCUGCGGGUCGGUGUCAUUAUGGCAAAUAAGGAGCGCAAGAAGAAUGAAAAUGACAAGAAAAAUAUGAUGAUGAUGAUGGAGGAGGAAGAAGAAGAGAAUAACCAACAGCCCAAGGAGAAUGAGGAAGGGGGAGAAGGGAAGCCUGAUGAUAAGAAGGAGAAAGGAGGAGACAAAGCAGAUGAAAAGAGCAAGGGUACAUUCUCCCAGACCCACUACUACCUGGCUCUCUACCGCUUCAAGGCCAUAGAGAAAGACGACCUUGACUUCCACCCAGGGGAUCGGAUCACAGUACUGGAUGACUCCAAUGAAGAGUGGUGGAGGGGAAAGAUGGGGGAGAAGUCGGGCUACUUCCCCACAAACUACCUCAUAAAAGUGCGUGCAUCGGAAAGAGUUUUCAAGGUGACACGUUCCUUUGUAGGAAACAGAGAGAUGGGACAAAUCACACUGAAAAAAGAUCAGAUUGUUGUGAAGAAAGGAGACGAGAAGGGCGGCUACUUGAAGGUCAGCACUGGACGCAAGCUGGGUUACUUCCCUGCUAAUCUACUGGAGGAGAUCACUGUGACAUAAAGACACAACUUGCACUGAAAGAACCCGUAACACACAUCAGCGCAUUUGGAUCUUUAAGCUAUUUUCUAUAUUCGUUACCUUAAGAAGCAUCCGCACCUGAUCUGUAGAAGCAGAAAUGUGUUUUGCUGUGAUAUAUUUGUGACUUUAACAAAAGGAAAUUAAUAAUGUGUACAAAAGAGACAAUCAGAUGAUUUGUUGGGAUGAGAAUGGGAAUAAAAUUGCUUGCAUGAUUUUAGUUACCAUCUGAUUAAAGCUAGCAUCAAAGAGAAGUAGAGAUAGCCUGUAAAGCAUCAUACACUCAUACUCAUAUGAUCUGAAGGUAGACGAUUAUUAAUAUGGAUCGAAAAAAUGCAUCAAUGUUUUUUAAUCAAUUUGACUAUAACAAAAUCACUAAGUGCCCUUCAUAGAUCUUUACCACACCACUGCUAUCACUGAUACAUUGUAUCAAUAUAUCUGUAUAACAUAUACCGGCAUCUUAAUGAUAAUUAUCAUUGUCAUAAAA